ACUCCUUCAGCAUUCUUAUAACAGUGGGAGUCUAUGAAUUUGGACUGUUUAUAAAAAUAAAGGAUGCCGCGCGCUGAGCUCUUGGUUUAAACUUUGCUUUGUUAUCUAGCAAUGGCCAGUUGAAGAGUUUUGGGACACAUCAGAGAUUCACAGCUGGGCUAGUAGAUGUUCAGUAUAAAGUCAGUUCAAGAGAAGUAUUGCUGUGGUUUAAGUUGAUGAACAUCUGAUUGAAGACUAGAUCUGAAACUAUGGGACGGUAUGUUCCAGUCUUUGUGGCUGUACUUCUCUGGAUCGACACGUCGACACGUGAGUCAUGGGCACAAUGUUUAUGUCCCAGCUCUCAAGACACUGAUUUUCCAAGCAGCUGUGAAGAAACAGAUGACAGCAAUCAUGCAUGUAUAAAUUACACAAUUAUCAAUCAGAAUAAUGAGAGAAUGGAGAUCUUGUGGGCUGCCAGAGAAAAUUUUCCUGAAGUGAACACAACAAUGUUUUAUGAAUAUAACGAGCAGGGGCAGAAGCAAUGCCCCCAAUAUAUAACUGACCAAGGAUAUAACACUGGAUGUGUCUUCCAGGCUGAACGAAAUGCUAAUCUUCUUAUUUCCAUCUGGGAUGCAAAUGGGACAAAAGAACUUUAUUAUGAUGAGCAAGACACAUCAACAUUUUUCAAGCCCAACCCACCUGAAAAUGUAACCUUCCAGUGGACCAAUGACAAACUAACAGUACAGUGCAAAUCUCCAGAUGCCCCACACUGUUUUCACUUUCAGCUUCAGUACAAAAGCAGAUUUGAUGAAAAUUGGCAUUCCAGGAAAGAGUCAUGCUGCAAGCUUCAGGACCAAGGAUUUGAUCCAGUGAAGUGCUACACCUUUCGAUUCAGGUUGAUUUACCAUUGCGGUGUUUAUUCCAGUGAAUGGAGUAAUCAGACUUCCUGGGAAAAUGGCAGCUCUGUCGGUUCCUGUGAUAUCAAAUCCAAAUCAAGUAUGGAUAUCGUUUUAACCCUGGUGAUGGUUGCGCUUAUGAUAAUAUUUGUCCUUCUCCUGUGGGUUUGUUGGUUGGAAAGAUUUAGACAGACACUAAUGCCCAUAAUACCAGAUCCUAAAAAUAUAUAUUCUGAAUUGUUCAGUGGUUACCAUGGGGACUUCCAGGAAUGGAUUAACGAAACUGAGAAUGUGUUGAUUCCAACAAAGUUAGAAUGUACAGAAGGAGAAGCAGAAGCCUGUGUUGUUGAAGAUGAAAUGGAAGGAUGUCACCAAGAAGUCAAAAUGGAAGCCAGAGUAGGAAUCAAGGAACACCCAUUUGCCUGAAUGCAGGAUGAAACAUCACAAUCAACACCUUUUUGCACAGCCAUUGACUGAAGCAACAACAGAUAAUCUCCCCAAUUGUAACCACCUGGUUUUGCUCAUAUAUUUAGCUGUCUCCUCUCCAGGUCUUUGUUUCCUUUGCUUCAUCUGCAUUCUGUCCUGAUGACUGUUAGAUAUGCUUUAAAUAUAGUGAUAAUUGCAACCGUAGUAAUGCUGGAUGAUAAUUCAAUAAAAAUAUUGCAGAGGAUUUUAAA